UGUCAAUUUGAUACUUGCCGUUUCGUCCAUUGGAAACCUGGAACCAGCUGAUUUGAGUUGAUACUAAAAUGUUCCGGUUUUCCAAGUACUUUUUGUUGGAUUUACAUGUGUAGUUUUGUAUAUUUGUGUCUUGUAAACGAAGAAUCAUAUCAGUGUUAUGGAAAACCACAAAGGGCCAGUAGAAUUCAAAGGAUUUCAGCAAAAUUCAGAUAGAUAUACUGAUACUACAGACAAUGAUUGCAAGAAUCAAGUGAAAGAGGAAUCCGGCGAACUUGUUGAUGGAUAUUUGGGAAAUGUUCAUAAUUUGAGCGAUAGUGGAUACCAAAUCAGUGAAACAUCAAGGCAAACAAUAUUGAACAUCUUGGAGCAAAUAAAAUCUUUGCCGCCACUUGAAAGGUUCCUGAUUUACAUCAAAUUGAACGAACAAAUAUCUAAUGGUGGAGAUCCAUUGAAACAGCCUUUAAAUCCUUUGGGAAGCCGAUCUGAAGUGUGUAGAACUAUAUCAUGGAUCAAAACACAUUUGGAAGAGGAUCCAGAGAUUUCACUACCCAAGCAGCAAGUUUAUGAUGAGUAUACAUUAUACUGUUCAAAGAUCAGGAUGAAACCAUUAUCGCAGGCAGAUUUUGGUAAGGUAAUGAAGCAAGUUUAUCCAAAAGUGAAAGCCCGAAGAUUGGGCACAAGGGGAAAUUCCAGAUAUUGCUACUCUGGCCUCAGAAAUUGUACAAAACUAAAAAUCCCUAAGUUGCCUGCCUUAGAUGAAGAUUCGAAUGCCAUGCAAUUAAUGGGUAUUCAGGACGAGAAGAAACCUCUCACGCAGGCUUCCCUGGCAACAGCUGCUUGGCUGAUAGUGAAGCAAUGGUCAGAAAAUCAACUUAACGCUUGCUUUAACUCACUUCAAGCUCUUGCAUUUUUUCUCAUAAUCAAUUAUUCAGUGGGGAUAGGUACCGAGGCAGCAAAUCAAAUCAGUUCGAUGACUUCUUCUGAAGUAUCAGAAGAUAAUGAAGUUAUGAAGUCUGAUCAGUCACAUAGAGAUGUACAAAUACAGUUGCAAAAAAAGAUUCUUCAAAAGGAAGAAGCGAUUAAGGAUAGGAAAAGAAAAUUACAGUCCACAAGAUUAAAAUCUUCCCACAAGAAGAAAAGCAGAAUAACGUCUGCUGUCGAAGCCCUGAGUGAAGCAUCUCCCAGUGAAAGCAGUGCCAGCUCUAACACCAGUCCAAUUGAGGGCAAAUCAAUCUGUGAUAAAUAUCAGGACUAUAAUAAUAAACCUGCUUCGUUACCUGACUUCAACUGUUUUCAGAAAUCUGUUGUAAUAGAGGAGAGUAAUCCGGAGGACAAUACUUCAGUCAAAGUAUCGGCAACACAGGCUGAUCUGGCCAGACAAACGGAUUUACCCUCCCCCAAGAGCAUAGGUAUAAAGUACAAAACUGUCCAGCCUAAGCCCCUGUAUCAAUUAUGUGAUAAUAUGUACAACCCGCUCAUAGUAGCGGACAAUCGAUCUCAAAACUCAGAACCUAUUAGUGAUAAGAAAACAGAAACAGACGAAUUCCAAACAGAACUGCCUUUGUCAAGGGAACGACUGAACAGUAUCAGUAAUGUUGAUAAGGAUGCGAUGGAUGAUUAUUUGGGUAAAAAUAAUAGCCAACACGAGGAGGAGAUAUCGAAAUAUUUCAGUAAAGAAAACGAUAUCACCGAGGCAGAAGACACAUCAAAAAUAUCUCAACUGAGACAACUCCUACAGGAAAACGAUUUUACCAAGGCUAAAAUUUCCGAUCCGGAAAUAAAUAGUUCAGGAGAUGUGAAGGUCAGCUCCCACAAUUCCCCUGUCAUCAACUACCAACCUGUCGAUUUGAAUGUGAUGCAGAACGUGUCUGGUACUUCAGGGGGUGCUCGAAGGAGAGUUAGUUUUGAUGUGAUGCUUCAGGAUGAUAGUGUUCCCUGCAGUCCUAACACAAGACGUAAACAUUUCAGUUUUACACCAAUCUCUCCCGGUCCUCUUUCUCCUACCGGUAACGGAAGACAGUCUAAGGGUUCCAGUACCAAUGUCAGUCCUUUUGUGAGUCCUAGGAAUACUCCUGUGCCCAAAGGAAGGAAUUUUCAAAACAGUGGCCUCACCCUGCAGAUUCUACCUACUCGCAAAAUGAGUGGAAGCACAUCUACAAAAGUGAAAAAAGAAAUUGAUCUCAGCCCAGAUUUGGUUCUCGAGAAUGAAACAACGGGGCAAGUAACUCAACAUCCCAAGAAAAAUUUUCUAGCAAUGUCGGCUCCACCCAGUCCCAUAUUACCCAAUAAAUCCAUGCUUCAGACUCUGCUUAACACGAACGGUAAAGUAUCGUACACUCCAAAUUAUAUAAAUCAGCCACUUUUGAAACAAGACAAUAAGUCGACAGAAAUAUGUCAGGUAGUUACGAACUCGCCCGUGCUGAGUUUGUCUGACGAUGUAGGUUUCAGGUCGCAAUCUGUACCGUUGAACCAAAUGAUAGAAAAGAAUACAUUUUUACUUACCGAUAACGGAUUUUUACCUCCAUUGUCUCAGGACGAUUUCAACGAAUUGGACACGAUAGAGGAUGAGAAAUUAGGUGUUACAAACAUUAUAAAUUCAUUGAACGCUCAAGUUUACAAUAACAAUAACGUUGAGAUCAUCUCCUUAGAUGAUAAACUGAUUCAGGAUAACCUUGAUAAAAACGAUAUCCUACUAACCAAUACAAAUUUUGAGAAGCCCUGCAGAAACUUGGAAAGAUCACAGAGCAUUGAUAUCAUCAGUUUUGAUCAGAAAAUUCUGUCUAGGUCUGUACCCAGCACACCCCUACCGUUUCUCCAAAUCGCACAACCAAACGAAGAUAUAGUAAUCCAAAAUUCGCAUUCGUAUCCUUCCACUCCUUUGAUAGCCGAUGAUUCAUUCAAUUACAGUUUGAGGGAUUGUUUGAUAAAUGGCCAACCAAUCAAGAAUGACGAACUUUCACAAGUUUACAAUGAAGCUUUCGUUACUUUUGAACCACUUGAUGGAGAUAAUAACAUAGUUUUAGAAAGUAACCCGGAUAUAAACUUUCUUGAUAAAACAUCUAUCACUUCUGACCAAAAUUUCAAUAUUCGUAUCAAUUAAACCUUUGAACCCAAAACGACCCUUGAGUUAGUAUUGCUCCAAAUGAUUAAUCAUAAACACUUUGAUUUUAUAAGAGGUAUCAUUUUGAAUGAAUUCAUCCUUACAGGGUUUAACAAAGCAUAAUUCUGUCUUUAACAUUGAUCUCACUGUUUCGGUCCAGUCGUCAGGUUUUUUAUUUACAUAUUUGAUAAUGAAACCGUGUUGUUAUGGCUUAAAAAUGUGGAAGUUUUAU